AUGUCUAUGGCGUCUUCAUAUGCCAACUCGCAGCACGUUCAGGGCCACGACUAUCGAUCUCGCAUCGCCUCAGAUGUGGCCAUCCCGUCGAUCGAAGAUGUCGGUCACUUUUGUGUCAAGCGAGAAAAGGUCGAAUCUGCUCGCCCACCACGGGUGAAGCAGGAAGUGGAGGACGAUUUCGAGGGUGAGAACUGGCUGGACGCAGAUGAAGAUGUCCUUCGCGGUCGACUUCGCAAGCGAGGCCUGAAACUGGAUGAGGUCCCGCUGUUUUGA